GCUCGGGGCUGCCGCCACUGCUGCUGCUUACAUUACGAAGCUGACUCACGCCCACCCAUCCGACGUCUGUUUCAGCUCACCACCCCAAAAACGGUGCCCCCCGGCUUACAGAUAUUUAUCAAUAUAACAACUGCUUGCAGCAAAAUAUCGUUGCCCGUCAUCCUGAGCUCUCAGAGAUCGGGAUACAUCGUCACAUACGACAAAACAACAUCAAAAGAGAACGACGAGACUUUUGAUCCCUCUCCACCACAAGCAGAGCACCGCCGGACAGCAUAGAGCAAAACACCACCAUCAAAGUAGCACAAUUUUGCAAAGAACAAGUCCACACACAAAAGAUGGCGGCGCAGGAGUACUUCCAGAACCACCCAGCGGCGGCGAGCGCGUACUCAGCACCACCACCGCCGCGGCCGCCGGCGCACGCGGGAGUCCACUUCCAGCAGCAGCAGCCAGAGUAUAACAGCGGUGGCAGGAGCGGCAACUACCCCCAGCGAUACCACGGCAGUGCCGGGGACACCAGGCUCCUCGCACCAGCUUCUGCGCAACGCCGUCCCCCUCACCGCGACCAUCGGCGGGACGAUGACUACGACGAUUAUGACGAUGAUGAUUCUGAUGAGAGGGAGUACAGUCACCGCCGACCAAGAGAGCACGGCGGCGGCGGUGUAAUAUCAUCAUCCCGCCGCGCUUCGCCGUCGGGCAGGAGAAGCACCGAUCGCAGCCGGAGCCGCCGCGGGUACUCAACUGACGAUGACGAAGGAGAUGAACGCGGCGGCGGGCGCUCUGGUAGCAAGUCGUCUCGUCACCGCCGUCACCGCCACGACGGCGGCAGCGGUAGCCACCGCUCAUCUCGGGAAGAGCACGACCGCGGGGGUGGUGGUGGUGGUCUGGGCGCGACGCUCCUCGGCGCCGCGGCCGGGGGAAGCCUGGCCAAGAAGAAGAUGGGCACGGGAGGGUUGGGCACCAUGGUCGUCAGCGCGCUCGGGGGGUUGAUUGCGAACAAGGUCGAGGACAAGAUCAAGGACAGGAGGGGCAGCCACGGGUCCAAGGACCAGGACAGGGAGAGGGAGAGGGACAAGGAGAGUCGGAGAAGGCAGCAGCAGCAGCAUGACGGCUCGCACCGCCGUGAUGAGGAUGGAUAUGACCGGCAUGGUGGUCGGCAUCAUCUUCUUCCCCAUCGUGGACAUGACGGGCAAAGCAGGAGGAGCAGUCCCAGUGGGGGCCGACAUCGCGGACAUCGCCAUGAGUAAAAGCAUCCUUUGGGUAUCAGUAUCGCAAGGAAGGUACCGGUAUUUCCGGACAGCGAGGGGGAAGGAUGUGGCUACAUACGAUUCCGGGAAGGAUCGAGAGCAUGGCAGCCGCGGGCACUAGGUACUGGCUUGCGGCUUCCUCGCAAGGCGUUCGCCCUGAGCCCGGAAAGGGGAGUGUGUCACCGCAGUCUUUUAAGUCACGAAUAAACGAGGGAUGACCAGUCCACCAAACUAGACGCACCUCAGGGUUUUGCGGUUUUUCUUUCUUGUCUCGUCAUGUGAUUCGCAUACAUGUCUAGAGCAACUUCAUUUCUGGAAGGGUG